CGUUCAGUACGCUUCAGACUCAAAGGGGAUUAACACAGAAAAGGAGUGCGAUCGGUGAGCGAUUUUGUUGGAUUCGCAUCCAGACACCGUUCCUAUAUUUUCGAACGACGUUUCCAGCAUUGAUCAUCGAUGGUUUACAACGGUUGUCUGAUGGAUUAUUGCUAAUCUGCACCACGUCGACCCUGGAAAAUCGCCAUUUGUUGGAUAUAUCAGCUGAAGAUCUGAAAGUGAGGUCAUUCAGGCGGAUCACCGUCACAGUGGACGGAGAUGAAGACACUGGAAGAGCCCCCUUACCUCACUGUGGGUACGGAUGUGAGUGCCAAAUACAGAGGAGCUUUCUGUGAAGCCAAGAUCAAGACUGCUAAGAGACUGGUGAAAGCAAAGGUCACCUUCAAACCCGACUCCUCUACCGCAGAGGUUCAUGAUGAACACAUCAAAGGGGUUCUGAAGGUGGGUGCAGUUGUGGAAGCAAAAAAUCAAGAUGGGAUCUACCAGGAGGCAACCAUCAAUAAACUCACAGAUGCCAGUUUGUACACUGUCGUAUUUGAUGAUGGGGAUGAGAAGACCCUCAGGCGUUCAUCUCUUUGUCUGAAAGGGGCGCGCCACUUUGCUGAGAGCGAGACACUGGACCGGCUUCCUCUUACUAACCCUGAACAUUUUGGCACGCCUGUCAUCGGAAAGAAAGGAAACCGUGGGGGCAGACGAUCAAAUCCCAUUCAAGAGGAAGAUCAGUCUUCAUCAUCCAGUGAAGAAGAGGAGGGUGACCAACAACAGAAUGAAGACCUUUAUGGCAAAGUGGUGUGCGUAGAUGGAGUUAUAACUAGUGACAAGAAGAAAAGCUCAUGGUAUCCUGCGCUGGUCAUCUCUCCCGACUGUCAUGAAGAUGUGACGUUGAAGAAAGACAACGUUUUCGUUCGAUCCUUUAAAGAUGGAAAAUUUUACACAGUUUUCCGGAAGGACAUUCGGGAACUGAAUGAAGAGAAGAUUCCUAAAGCAGACGCAGCACUUAAACCAGCGUUAGACGCAGCCUGUGAGUUUCAGCGCGAUGGGACCGUUCCCAACACAUGGAGGACAGAAGUGAAGGACGAAAGCUCCAGCAGUGAUGAAGAUGGUGAUGAAGAAGAAGAAGAGCGAGAGGAAGAGGGCAGCAGUGAGGAGGAGGAGGAGGAGGUGGAGCCAUUCCCGGAGGAGAGGGAGAACUUCCUACAACAACUUUAUAAGUUUAUGGAGGACAGAGGAACUCCUAUCAAUAAAAGACCUGUGUUGGGGUACAGGAAUCUGAACCUUUUUAAACUCUACAGGCUCGUGCAUCAGCUCGGUGGAUUUGACAAUAUUGAGAACGGAUCUGUCUGGAAGCAGGUGUAUCAGGAUCUGGGCAUCCCCAUACUGAACUCUGCUGCCGGUUACAACGUCAAAUGUGCCUACAGAAAGUAUCUGUAUGGCUUCGAGGAUUACUGCACUUCCACUGGAAUCACUUUCCGUAUGGAUCUGCCGUAUAAGACCGUCGAGAAAACGAGCGAGGUGAAGACAGAAGAGACCGCCAGCACAAGUAACAUUGUGUCUAUAAGCACAUCCGAAGAACUGAAAGCCCACGAAGAACCAGAUAUCUCCAACACCCAACAUGUGUUAAAGGAGGAGAAGACAGACACCACAGGACUAUGUGAAGAUAAAGUGGACAUCAGCUGUGUGAAUGAAGACCGUCCUGAUGAAGAGGAGAAAGAUACAAGCGAAGAGGUCCACAAACACAAGGUCAAAGAGAGCGGCCUGACAACAGAGGGUCCGGGCACAGAGAUCGUAAAGGAGGAACCCUGUGAAGAUUCUGAUAACAAAGAUCUGUCAGGGGAUGUCAGCAGCAGUCAGGAUUGGGAGGAGGGGGAAGAAUUUGAGUGUUACCCUCCUGGGAUGAAGGUGCAGGUGAGAUAUGGGCGAGGCCGAACUCAGAAGACGUACGAAGCCACUGUGAAAGAGGCAGACCUGGAGGGGGGAGAGGUUCUCUACUUGGUGCACUACUGUGGCUGGAACAUCAGGUACGAUGAAUGGAUCAGAGCCGAUAAGAUUGUCAAACCAGCUAAUAAGAACGUUCCAAAAAUAAAGCAUCGCAAAAAAAUAAAGAACAAAUCCGAGCGAGAAAGAGACAGAAUAGAGAGACUGACAGACAGAGACGAUCUGUCUCCAUCCAAACAUCGUGUCAGUAGAUUCUCCAAAUCAAACACUGGCAAUGAUGUCUUCUCCAAGCUAGAGGAGUCUGAUGAUAAUGAAAACCAGCAGACAACCAUGACACCCAUCGAGAUCACAUCCAUCCUCAAUGGACUCCCAGCAUCCGAGAGCUCCACAGAUGACAGUGAACGAGAAGAGGAUGGUGAGGCUGAUCACGAAGAAGACGAACGUGCCGGACGAUCAAGUCUUCGGAAAGGAGUUCUUCCGGAGCCUCCGCAGCACUGGAAGAGCGCGAGUCCCUCAGAAAGCUUUAAAGCACCAGCAGAUGUGGACGGUACCCAGGAGAUGACUGCUCGAGACAGCCCCGAACAAGCUAAGAGGAAGAGCCAGUAUGAGGUCGAGGUGGAAGGUUCUGGAACCAAAAGGAAAAAGACAGAAGCUCUAGGAGAGCGCACCUUGAAGAUCCAAGCAAAAGGCAAAACAAGAAGCACCAGGGCUGGCGACUGGCUACUCAACAGUUCACCUAAAAAACUGGAAGAAAGAGGACCCGGAGAAGACGGAGGUUCUCGGACGUGUAGCAGUUCGGAAGAUGAAGGAGAUCUUUUACCGGAACCUCAGGCCAGAGAAGAGCCAAAAGGACAUUCCAAAACCAAGAGUUCACCAUCUAAGAAGUACAACGGGCUCAAGGAGAAGAAUAAACCUGGAUGUUCAGGAUUUUGGGACAUGGCUGACAAAAGAGCCAAAACGUCAGUGGGAACCGAAGAGAGGGUGCCCAGUUGUCGAACCAAAGGCCAGAAGGACGUUUGGUCCAGUAUCCAGGUUCAGUGGCCCAAAAAGACUUUAAAGGAUUUAUUUUCAGACUCUGACACAGAGGCGGCCAACUCGCCGCCUCCUGCGGUGACGGGACCGGACGACGCGUGUGCCGAGCCUCCGCUGGAUGACGAGAUAGCAGAGGAACACCAGGAGAACCAGGAGAAGAUUCAGGAGCAUCCCAGUAGCGGUACCAACUCGGUCCUCAACACGCCACCCACUACACCAGAGUCUCCAGGUGUUGGCGAGGGACCCGCUGAGGUUCUGGCUGAGAUCCGUGCACCCUCGCCCAUCUCCGUGUUAGCCACAAGCCCUCCAACCGUUUCCCUACCGCCAGGACCUUUGAUUGAAGAGAGGGUAGAAGGACGCAGCGAGUCUGACAGCAGCACGGUGGAGGUUGAGAGUUUAGGUGGAGAAAUUCAGGAGAUGCCUCAAGAGGAGGGUGGGGCAGGUUCCCCAUCCAAAGCAUUUGAUGUAAAUCUGUCCUGCAACAGUAACAGUAACUGUAGUGUGACUUUGAGCCACAGCAGUUUACAGGAGAACGAUCCGAAAGCCAAAGCGUCAUCCAGUCAGAAGCGACACAGGGAUUCCCAAGGGGGCGGAGCUUCAAAGAAACACAAACGGAGCCAUAAAAACCUAAACUUGCAUGCCAAGAAGAACCGAAAAACAGCUCAUAGCAGUGACAGUGAGGAUCAGUCUAUCAGCGAGGGCACUGCCAAAUCUCCCUCAUCUAAGAGCAACAGUGAACUGAAGUCAGCCAUCUCACCUAAGUGCUCCGGCCGAACGACGCCAUCAGGCCACAGAUACCACAAGCAGGUGGAUCAUGAGCAUUCCCACCACAGAGAUGGUAGGACAAAGUGGACUCUACAGAUGUUGGACCUGGAAAAGAUGAGCAGUCCAGAGCGGAUAACAUUCCUUCAGGAAAAACUGCAGGACAUCAGGAAUCAUUACCUCCUGCUCAAAUCCGAGGUUGCGUCCAUUGACAGGAGACGAAAGCGCAUGAAGAAAAAAGAGCGAGAGACAGAUGCUACGGCCGGUUCGUCGUCCUCCUCUUCGCCGUCCUCCAGCUCGCUUACGGCAGCCGUCAUGCUGACUUUGGCCGACCCGACAGUUUCGGGUGCUUCGCAAAACUCUGGGGUAUCCGUGGAGUGCAGGUGACAGGAAUCGUAUGGCACCGAGCAGCACAGAGCACUUAACCAGCACUCGGCCCGGUUCCGGCCUGCCCCUGCACUACUGGAGACACUGACGGACACGGUACCGGGGUACGGAAAUGACGAAACAAAAGCCACCAGAUGACAGCAACAAGCACUAUUUUAUAUCGACAACUGUUUCCUUGGCAAGCUAAUUGCACUCAAGUGCACUUUUUUCUGAGAGGUUAGGUUGGGUCGGGUUUGACACGGGACAAAAAGAAAUCGGUGUGAUUUACAAACCAACCCCACGAGUGUUUAUGUUCGUAUUGAGGAAUAUUCUAUCCUGUCUUUGAAUAUGAAUUUUACUACAGUGAUCGUCCACUGUAAUACACAUUCAUUUCUGCACUGUUUCCUUAUGCGCACACCUGUCUUCACACAUCCGUCACUGGUACGAUCAGAUCCGGCCCGGAGCCAUCCGUGUUCCCCUCUCAGAGUUCAUAAAGGAAAUUCGCUGAGAGCCAUUGAGCAGUGAGGGUCAAUAGAUGCUGCAGUGCCUUAAAGUGCACUCAAUAGGGAUCCUGGGAAGAGCUGGGUAACACGUAAGGGGAGUUGAUAUGCCUCUUGAAUGUUUCGUUGUAAGAUAUCAACUUGUUUUUCUUCAUUCUCAAACAGGAUGAGCACAUUCCACAGGCUGAAUUUGAGAACAGAUGUCGACCCAAAAUCAAAAGAAUGAAAUUAUAUUUUGCAUAAAGAAAAUGAAGGAUCUAUUACUUGCAUUGUCAAGUAUCUAUACAUAAUGGGAGCAUUUGUUCUACCGUUUUAUAUACAGAUUGAAAUAGAUGUCUUAAAAUAUUUUAUGAAAAUUACCAUGAAUGAUGGAAAAGCAAAACAUCUGGAUUAGGGAUGCUUUUUGUUUACAUCAUAUAUGUGUGUAAACUGUGUAUAAUAACUUUGUAUAAAUAAAUGUACACACAUGCAUGUAUAUGUUUUAGAAAUGUUUACAUGUGUAUAUACAUUUGUAUAUUUAUGUAUAAUUUAUAUUAUAUAUAAAUAUAAAUACUUAAUAUAUACAUUUUUUUUCUUAAAAUUAUACAUGAAUGUGUGCAUAUUUAUAUAUAUAUACAUAUUUAUUAUACACAGUUUACACACAUAUGUGAUGUAAACAAAAACUUUUAUUCUGCUAACGAUUAAUCGCGAUUAAUUGUUUAGCAUCCCUAAUCUGGAUACAUUACAGCCGUGGUUCUCAAACUUUUCAGUGUGGACCCCCAAAGAAAAUUGAUGACAUAAAACAAUCUCAAACUUACAAUUUGAAUAAAACAAAACGUCUUAAAUUAUAUAGUUUAGUGCUGUUGAUUGGUAGAUUUAUUUUUCUGAUAUUUAUCAUAUUUUAAAUGAUAAUUUAAUGUAUUUUAUAAAUGAUCAUAAAACUGGGGUCAUGCCUGGCACCAUCUUGUGCCCUCCAAGUGGGGCCUGCCCCCAAUUUAAAAACCAUUGCAUUUAAAGGGACACUCCACUUUUUUUGAAAAUAUGCUCAUUUUCAAGCUCCCCUAGAGUUUAACAUUUGAUUUUUACCAUUUAGGA